UUUACUUUCCCUCUCCCACGAAUGACAAUGACACGGAGUUGUCUGUUGCUGACGAGCGCAAUAUAGUCGAUGGCCUGCUGUGGUCCGACCCCGAUGAUGAUGUCUACGGCUUCCAAGUCAAUCACAGGGGAUGUGGGUUCAUCUUUGGGCCUGAUGUCACAAGGGCGUUUCUCGACCGCAACUACGGCUAUUCCUUCAAUUCCAGGCUGCCGGGUCAGAGGAGAGAGGAAAUGCAGUUUAUUGUUCGGGCCCAUCAGUGUGUUGAGGAUGGCUAUCAUUGGGCCCACGGGGGUCUUGUGCUCACCCUCUUUUCCGCCCCCAAUUACUGUGGCAUGAAUAACAAGGGGGCUUUUGCCGUGCUACGCGGUCGAGCAAAUGUGGGAGAAGACCGCGUCUUGUUUGAAUACAAGGUCUACGACAUUGCCCCGAGGUCGCCCAACGAAAUGGGAACCAGACUGCACGCUUCAUGUGAUGCGGCUGCUAAUGCAGCGCGGCGGGUAAACGGAUCGCUGCAGGGGGGCUACUUUGACGAUAGUGAAUAG